AUGACCGAUAAAGGACGACGCCAGCAGCCCGGUUAUGCAUGCGAGGAAUGUCGGAGACGCAAGGCGCGUUGUGACCGUGCGCGACCUAGAUGUGGAUUUUGCACGGAGAUAGGAGCUCAAGCAACACAUCCAGUUGAAAUUGAGACUGGGGAGCUUACUGAGGCAGAUCUGGAUAUCAUAUGUCCCCCAUCAUCGGGUAUUGGAAUGUGUUAUACAUCAUCUGCGGCAUUGGAACCGGCACCCUUGAGUCUUAGUAGCUGGGCAGACUGGACAGGUAGCUGGCACCCGGAGGAGCUCAGCUCACAAAUCGAUGUUUGUAACUCAGGAUUACAGCGAAAACCAUCAAAUAUCGUGCUGGAAGAUCAUAACCAGCUGAACCUGCACAAAUUCGAAUCAAUGAGCAAUUCCGUCAACAUCAUGAUGGGAACUACUGUUACAGAUCAUAUAAGGGCCGACUUGGACCAAGUUUACUUUGACCGCGUCCAUCCAGCACUACCAAUAAUAUAUCCACAAACCUUCCUUUCAUGGGCAGACCAAGAAAAUCCUGGGGCUGCGAGGACAUGUCUUCGCUCAGCGAUGCGCACAAUCGCAGCCGCGAUGUCUGCACCCGGAUGCCGGUUCUGCAAUGAGCUGUAUGCCGAGACGUAUCGACUUUUGGAAGAUCAUAAAAUGACAUUCAAUCAUGAUGAAAUAAUUCCUAUCGAGCAUAUUCAAGCAUGGUUGCUAGUCGCAUUUUACGAACUCUUGCGUGUGAAUGAGCAUCAGGCUAUGCUGACAGCAGGCCGCUGUUUCCGCUUGGUGCUAAUGGCACGACUGUUUGAGAUUGAUGCAUCUAAGCCGGAUGAAUUUAGCUUCCAAGUAUCUCAAAUCACUUUGGUAAAGGAGCAGAGUUUCAAGGAAAGCUUCUCGGUUGUGGAGGAGCAGAGACGACUAUUCUGGUUGGCAUUUUGUUUGGAUCGAUUUCUCUGCUCUCGCAAUGACUAUCCUCUUACCCUAUCUGAGGAAAUGAUUUGCACACGCCUGCCCUCGCCUGAGGCCAACUUCCAAAACAACCAGCAUAUACGCACGAGCUUCCUCGAGGAAGCUAUGUCAGUAUCAUCAGUAUCACAAAAGGGACUCCCAUUAUCACCAUUUGCGGAAAUUAUUAUUUUGAUGACACUCCACGGGCGUUGCAUGGCACAUCGGAGAUUCUGCGACACGAAAAGGCAGCCUGUAAAUAUGAAUGGGGAUGAUUUCUGGACCCGUCAAAAACGACUUGUGGCUGCAGUAGAGCAGCGCAUGCAGAUUCUGAGCACCACACUACCGAUACAUGCUGAUAGCAGCCCUUUGAUAUUGCUUUCUCAUACAUUGGUCCAUAGUGCGAUCAUAAAACUCGGCCACAUAGCAGAAAAUGCAUGUGGUGGCUCUUCUUGGCGAACUGUCGAGCAACCGGGUACAACGGCUGUACAUGAGCGCCGUGCAGCUGCCGCUGCUAGGGAAAUGGUACGACUUGCAAAGCAGGUGCCUUCAUUUAGUUGCUUUAAGGGCCAUCCAUUCCUACCUGACCCACUCGCAUGUGCUGCUGACUAUCUGAUGAACCGGGUCGGCAAUCUUUCUCCUUCUAAUGAGGUUGGAGUGCAGCAUAUUCUAAGAUUAUUAAGGGAUAUGCAGGGCAUAAACAGUCUCGCACGUGUUUAUUUUGAUCGAUAG